AUGCCAGGCGUCCACCCUGAUGUGAUGUCCCAUAAGUUGGCCAUCUUCAGGGAAGCCCGCCCGGUUGCUCAGAAGAAAAGAAAAAUGGGAGAGGAGCGAAGGAGAACGGUCGAGGAGGAAGUCCGAAAGCUAGAAGGAGCUGGAUUCAUCAAAGAGAUCAAGUAUACUACGUGGCUAGCUAACGUGGGCAUGGUGAAGAAGACGAGCGGGAAGUGGAGGAUGUGCACAGAUUUCACCGAUCUCAACAAAGUCUGCCCGAAGGACGCAUACCCGUUACCCAGCAUCGAUCGGCUGGUGGAUGGGGCCUUAGGACACAACUUCUUGAGCUUCCUGGACGCGUACUCUGGGUACAACCAAAUCCCUAUGUACGGCUCGGACAGAUCCAAAACGACGUUCAUUACAGAUCGAGCAAAUUUCUGCUACGAGGUCAUGAUGUUCGGUCUGAAGAACGCGGGGGCAACCUAUCAGAGGCUGAUGGAUCGGGUCUUCAGAAGGCAGAUCGGUCGGUCCAUGGAGGUGUACGUGGACGACAUGGUUGUAAAGUCGCAAACUGCCGAAGAUCACGUGCGCGACCUCGGUGAGGUCUUCCACCAAGUGCGCAAAUACAAUAUGCGUCUUAACCCUGAGAAGUGUGUCUUCAGGGUGCCGGCCAGAAAAUUCCUGGGUUUCAUUCUGAUCGCUCGAGGCAUAGAGGCAAACCCGAACAAAUGCGCCGCUAUUACUGAGAUGAGAAGCCCCAAGAACUUGAAGGAGGUCCAGCGGUUGAUAGGACGGCUAACCUCUCUGGCACGUUUCUUACCCAGACUAACGGAGAAGGUCAGGCCGAUCCUGAAGAUCAUGAAAAAGCAGACUGCAGAAAAGUGGGAUGGUCAAUGCGAGGCGGCGUUUCAGCAGAUAAAGGAGAUGAUCAGCAGUCCCCCAAUAAUGAGCCGACUGCGACCUGUAUAUUUCAUCAGUCGAGUACUGCAGAGCGCAGAAACAAGGUAUCAGCUGGUAGAGAAGAUAACCUUGGCGCUACUAACGGCUGCACGCCGGUUGCGCCAGUACUUCCAGAGUCACCAGGUUAUCGUUCGCACCGAUCAUCCCAUCGCCAAGAUACUCUGGAAGCCCGACUUAGCUGGUAGGAUGAUCGCCUGGUCGGUCGAGUUAUCCGAGUUCGGGCUCAAGUACGAACCCAGAGGAUCGGUCAAAGGACAACAUUUGGCAGACUUUGCAGCUGAACUCCACGGAUCGAUCCCCCGAUCGGAGCAUAUGUGGAUUCUCUUUGUCGAUGGAUCAUCGGAUAAACGUAAUGCUGGAGCAGGGAUCGUCAUCGAGGGACCGAGCGGUUUCACGAUAGAGCACUCCUUACAGUUCAAGUUUAAAGCCUCGAAUAACCAAGCAGAAUAUGAAGCGCUGAUCACCGGGUUGAAGCUAGCAAAAGACUUGGGAGCGACGAGGUUAAGAUGUAACACUGAUUCGAAGCUUGUGGUCGGGCAGGUACAGGGAGAGUAUCAAGUUAAGGAUGACUUGUUGCUCCAGUACUAUCAUAAAGUGCUCGAAGCCAUGAAGGAAUUCGAAGAAAUCACCAUCCAUCACAUCCCCCGAGCGGAAAAUGCCAGAGCCGAUAGACUGUCUAAGCUGGCGGAAGGAAAAGAGAAAGGCCAGUUGAAAACUAUCAUCAGACAAACCCUGAUGAGGCCUUCCGCAGGAGAGUGCGCUGCAGCAGACCGAGCGGCAGAUUGGAUAGGAGAGGUGCGACAACUCUUGAAGAAGUGCGAGGCUGGAGAAGAAGUGAGCCCGACGGAGAGGAGACGAGCGCUUCGGUUCGUAGUCAUUGGAGAAGACCUAUACAAGAGAGGAUUCACAACGCCGCUCCUCAAGUGCUUGUCAGAAGACGAAGCCGAGUACGUUAUGAACGAGGUCCAUAACGGCAUUUGUGGAAUGCACACCGGUCGGAGGACGAUGAAAGCGAGGAUACUCCGAGCAGGCUAUUUUUGGCCGACCAUGGAACAGGACUACGAAGCCAUGAUACGCAAGUGCGAAGGAUGUCAAGCCCAUGGAAAUGACGUAAAGAGGGCUCCGACCGAGCUACAUAGCCUGACAGCCCCGUGGCCGUUCGCUCAAUGGGGCAUGGACAUCGUCGGACCCUUCCCGGUGGGCCGAGCACAGAAGAAAUUCAUACUUGUCGCAGUGGACUAUUUCACCAAGUGGGUCGAAGCAGAGGCCUUGGCUAACAUCACCGCUCGGCAAGUCCACUCCUUCGUCUGGCGCAACAUCAUAUGCCACUUCGGCCUCUCUCACACGAUCAUCACCGACAACGGCCGUCAGUUUAUCGACAAGAAGCUGAAGGACUUUUAUAAGCAAGUGGGGAUACGACACGUGACCAGCUCAGUCGAGCAUCCCCAGACCAAUGGUCAGGCUGAGGCCAUGAACAAGGUUAUAGUGGCUGAGUUGAAGAAAAGGUUGGGAGAAGCCAAAGGAGCAUGGGUGGACGAGCUGCCACAUGUCCUUUGGGCCUAUCGGUGCACCCCGCAUGGGACGACGGGGGAAUCUCUUUUCAACCUGACGUAUGGAACAUACGCUAUGCUGCCAGUUGAAGUGGGGGAGCCAACUCUUCGGCGGGACAUGCAAGAUCUCGAGGUGAACUGUGGACGCCUGCGCGAGGAGUUGGACUGGUCGACCGAACGUAGGGAGCGAGCGGCCGUACGAGCUGAGGCAUGCAAGAGGAUGGUGGCGAGGAGGUAUAACGCGAAGGUUAAACCAAGGAGCUUCAUCCGAGGAGAUUUGGUAUGGAGGAAGACCAAUGAAGCACGCAAAAAGUCAGCGCAAGGAAAGCUAGCGCCAAACUGGGAGGGCCCGUUCCGUGUGACCGAGAGCCUGCAGAACGGAGCCUAUCGGCUAGAAUACCUGAGCGGCAAAGAAAUACCCAACACAUGGAACGCAUCGCACCUCAAAAUGUAUUAUAGUUGA